UAAUGAUCCUCUUCAGCACUAGGAACAGCGGGGCCAGCCUGCAGAGCUCUUCCGGAGGCGGAUAAUCCCCAUCUCUCUACACGAAGUCCUAAUGCAAUCAGGAAGGAAUUGCUAUAACUCACCUCAAAGGAAAAAAAAACGUUUUGGAAGGCAACAUUUGCAAGAUAGAAGUCCCCCAUCAGGAAGAGCUCGGGCGAGCAGAGAGAUGGAUAUUUGCGUCUCACAUUUUCUUUAUUGUGUAUAGCAACAUUUGACAUUGAUAAGCCGAUCCUCUAUAAUAUGACAGCUGCUGUCGCAUUUCAUCCAGUUUGGAGAAACUACUGAAAGAUCCUGCUUGCGUUUUUCUUUUUCUUUUUCUUCCCCCCCUUCUUCUUAUUCCGGCACCAUGGUGACAUACAAUCUGGCUUUAACUUUAAUUAUUGCGGCUCUUUGGCGGGUCAGCGGCUCACCACAAACUCUCGUGCCCGUAACGACGCAGUUCAAUUCAACAUCGUCAUCAUCCAUCAUCAGCGAAGAUGAACAGACACAUAAUGUGACAGAGGCUGCCGUGGGAUCCCGGAUUUCAUCCAUAAUGACCUAUCUCCCCACUCUGAAAAACAUUGUUAUUUUCAUCUGCGUGUUAACAGCUGCUCUCAUCACAUGUCUGGUCGUCAAAGUGAUCAGAACUGGGAGACGAAUCAGAAAAACACGGAAAUACGACAUUAUAACGACACCUGCGGAGCGUGUGGAGAUGGCUCCUCUCAAUGAGGAGAAUGAUGAUGACGAUGACUCAACCCUCUUUGAUGUCAAAUAUAGGUAAAUCCCGGCAUGGACAUCGAUAUUUUAUAUCUCCUGUUUUGCCUGAGACAACUCAAGUGAUUUUUCUGUAUUUUUGUUUUGCCAAGUCUUACCAAAUCAGCAACGUCAUAUGCUGCUUGUACAUGGCUUUUUAUCUGUGUUGUAAAGACUGGAGCUGCAUAGUUAUCAUUGUUUGCUGCUUUUCUGAUGCUUUUAUCAUGUGGCCCAAAUAACCAGCCCUAUCAAAUCAGGCUGUUGAAAUUCAGUCGUCUUCAUAAUCACUAAUUAUUUCUGACAGUUAUUGUCAUUUACAUUUCAUUUUUACACUUGAGCUACAGUAAGCUGGGCUGAGCCGAGGAGUUUAUAAUAGGAAGCAAUGCAGAUAUUAAAAUGCUGGAUUAAUCACACUUUGUGAUUUUCAUCUUUAAAUUAAAGGUCCAUUUAAUAGGAUUUAGUGGCACCUAUCAGUGUAGUUGCUGCUUGCAACGCCCUAGCCUCACCCUCCUGUUCAAAGCACGUAGGAGAAACUACAGCUGAUUAUCCACCAAUUAAAGCAUAUUAGUUCCCAUUUCUGCCAGUAGAUCCUCCUAAAUGUUACACACUGGACCUUUAAUACUUGGUGGCCACUGAAGACCGUCAGUUUAAUGCAUAAAACGUUAACAUGCAACAAAUAUUGUGCAGAGAAUAUUUAAAUGUACAAUUUGCACAAUUUGAAGAAUCUAGUGAUAUACAGUAAUUGAUAUUUUUAACUAAACUUUCAUACCAAAUAUAUUUCUAUCUACUAACCACUGUAUUGUGCAUAUAUACUGAAGGCUUUCUGCCCUUAUGUAUGAAGUAAGCGUAUAUUUUUUUACUGUGUUGUUUUAGACAUUCCUAUUUUGCUGCUAUCCCAGCUGAAGUUUUAAGUUUUCAAGUUUCAAAUUGGAUUAACAGCUCAAAGAAUAUUGUCAGGAUAUAUGUGUGAGGAGUUUAUGGGAUACAUCCAUUUGCUAUGAAUGUGAAUGUUUUAAUCUGUUGUGAUCAGAUGUGUUCAAUCAUGUGACAAUUGCAUAAAAUCAAGUAACCACUGAACAACAGGUUUAACCAUUGCAGUGAUGUAGUUACAGUAUUUGACAUGUUCGACAUGCACCCAGUGUCUUAUUUUCUAAAUCCAAACAAUGUUAUAUCACCGUAUAAUGUCUAGUUACUCAAUUAAAAAUGAUCCCCAAAUGUGGUAUCUCUUGUUUGAGAUAGUAGGUGAGCAGCUAGUUCCGUGUUAUGUGAAGUCUCCCACAAUCAUUUCUAUUAAUGGUUCACUGACUCUUGUAAUGUCUAACUUGAAAAGGGGACAUUUUAUUUCCUGAAUUGUUGCUUCUCUGUGCCACACAUUCUGGCAAAAAAACAAAUAACAAUCUCAUCCAUUGGAUGAAACAUUUUGGAACAAUUGAGCAAUUUUUCAGAAAUCUAAUACAUCCUAUAAACCAUUGGCCUAAGCUCUCAAUGUACUGAAUUUAGUACUUUAGAUACAGUGAUAGCUUGCAGAGAGACAAAUAGUACAAACUGCCAGUUGCAGUAUACUAUAUGCCUAGUGUAUUCUUCCUUGAGUAAAGCAACACUGGUUUUGACUGUUGAUGGAAAUGUUUUGAUACCUGAGUCUAAAAUGAAGGUCUUGACUGCAACAGAAAAAGUCCUCAAAUAAUUUGGUCCACUAGAGCAGUAUUAAAUGAAAACAAUGAAAACCAUAACUGGUUGGUUAUAUUUCUUAUGUCUUUAAUUCAUAUACCAAAUACACAGUAAAGCAUCAAAAUUCUGAUUUAAAGUAUAUGAAGGAAAUAGCAGAGGAGUUUACAAACCUUCCUAGUCUCUGUCUGCGCUCUCUAAAUGUAAUUACAGUAAACUAACAACAAUGCAGAGUACACCUAGAUUAGGUUUCUGCAGCGAAUGUGAGCGUGGGUGUUGUAGGUGACCUUGAGUUUUAAUCCAAACUGUUAUUUGAUAGUGCCCCUUGGCCUACAGGUGCAGCUGUUUCCAAAUGACCUCCAUCCCGAGUAAACAGAAAAAAGAGAAAGUGCAAAGACUUGGUUAAACCUAUCUGACAUUUUCUUUCUAGGAGAAAGAACAUUGUGUAUUUUCCUUUGUUCAAAACAAAGUUGGUGACAUUCGCAGGAGACUGGGUACAUUUAUUGUCACUGUUAAGCCGUAUGCAGGAGUGUGUGUGAAUGCUAAGGUUUUUGAAUCAUAUAUUAAAUCAUAUGUGAAUCAAACUUUCAACCAUAUUUUUGAUAUGAUGUCCUUUAGCAGACUGCAGGCUAUUUCAUGUGUUUUCCAUCAUAUAUGUUCAUUUCAGUACUGUGCCAUGUUUAAUUGGAGUCUUUCACUGUAUGCGAGGACAACUGCAGAUCCAUUUCAGUGCUUCUGCUAACGUUUCCUUUGUACAGUUAUCGUCUUCCUUUCUGGCAACGUCUUUUAUCUUUAGUUGUGACAUUGUGGAAAAAGCUAGUUCAUUUAAAGACGCUAAUUCUGGACUUUUAUUAGAACUGAAUCAUCCACUGCAGAAAGUUCCUCUUGUAAAAUAAAUCAAAGUCAUUGUGGUAGCUAUUUGAAGGCUAGUUAAUCUCCCUAGUUCCACAUUUAAACAAAAAAAACAAAAAAAAUGUAAAUGUACAAACUGUUUGGAAGUUUAUUGAAAAAAAGUCCCUGCUUGGUUUCUGACACAGAGAUGUUAUGUGUACCAGCGGCUGUUUGCCCAGUUUCCAUUUCUUUGAAAACACAACUGAAAUAAAAUUGCUUCCUUUGAAGUGUUAAAUCGUUUUAA